AUGUUAUCACAACGAGAACUACGAAAAGUCCGACAAGCACUUACGGAUAAUCCAUCCAAAAAUGCUCAACGAAAAUUAAAAAACAAAUUGAUCGAACAUCAGUACGCGUCGAAAUAUCCACCAUUUUCGCCACUAGAACAUCAUCGUCAAUUUCUCAACAAGAAGACCCACGAACAGAAUCUUCGUGAAACGAUUGACGCUGCAAAAAAGUCGGAAAUCAUCCUCCUCGACACUGAGUCAGUUACGGUAUAUCGUCAACCAAAUCGUCCAGGACUGAUCCAGCUUCAAUUGCUCCCAAAUAAUGCAACACCGAUUGUAGUCAUUGUCGAAGUUCACCAUCUUCCACCUACCAAUUCCAACGAAUUCAAGCUGAUGCAAGAAUUCUUCCGAAUCGUUUUAGAUUCAGAUAAAACGAUUUAUACAUGGGGAACAAUUAACGAGCUAACACCAUUCAGUCAAUUUGGUUUAUUUGAUGCCCAACAAAUCCAAUCGCCCGGAAACGAAGAUUUACAGAAGUUUUUCAAGAACUAUUGGCAAGCAUGUCACAAACAUAUGACUUUGGAAGCUUGCGAAUGUGAAAAUUGCCUCGACAAGGAACCCAAUCAACCAUGGAAAUUAUUGGACGCCGUAGCAUACCAACUACACGAAUGGCUGGAUAAAAGACACACUUGUUCACCCUUCCACAUCGGAUUAGACCCACAACUCCAACCUGUAACCAUGGAACAACUGGAAUAUCGAACAAUCCUGGCGAACUACGCCGCGAAUGACGUUUUAUCGAUGGAGAAACUUAUGAUUUCCAUGCAAGAACGACCACCAACGACAAUUUCCUCUACCAUCAGCCCAGGAAGUGAAAAUGCAAUUCAGAAUGGAGUUUCACCAGAAAUGAUUAACGACUCCACAAUCGUUUUAUUACUCCAUUCAUCUUCAUCAACACCGGAAACAAAACUUGAACCCACCCCGAAGGAACAAGUCAAUCUACACGAACAGCCCGAUCAUCGAACAAAACGAGAAACCGAACAUCAACAUGAGAAAAAACAGAAUACAAAUAAUCAACAUCAAACCAGUCACUACAACACGCGGGAAGAAACGAAUAACCAUCAAGAAAAGGAAGAAAGGUCCGUCGGCCGAUAUGAACGUGACCAGUCCGAACAAAAAAGAAAAAAUUAUAAUCAAAACCGAGCCCAAUAUCCAACAGGUGGAUUUUAUCAUUAUCGUUCAAACCCACGAGAUCGAAUUCAACAACAAGAAUACGAUACCGAUGCCGAACGAAAAUGGAAAAACCAUAUAAGCACAAUUAAACAACGACAACGUCACUUUCGACAUGAAAUAAUUCGCCGGGGUAUCGAUCCCCGAUUUUCAAUCACAAUAGUGAAAGAAAUACUUCGACGAUAUGAAGUCCCAUACACGGCCGUUCACAUCUCAAAAUCCAAAUGGACCCGACAAACAUCGCUUUAUAUUGGAAUUCGUAAUCCGUCCAAUCUUCGAGAGUAUGAAAAACGAACGAGAUAUUUAUUUACAACGGAUUAUUACAACGAAUUCCGCGCACGUAACCGGUUCAAACGAUAA